AUGGAUUCAUCAAUGGAAUAUCUCACCAAUCUUGAAGGAACACAGGUCACGUUUGAUGCCUUUGCAGAACCACCGUUCAACUUCCCUGCCCAGAAAUGGAUAAUACUUGAGAAGCUCGGCGAAGAGUCAAAUCGCCUGACAAAGGAAGACAUCGCCGCGGAGCUUGGGCCCUCAGACACCGCCGGGAAGUUCCUAUGCCGACCUGCCAGUGAGGAAGACGAUAGCAGGCGCGCAUUUUUACGUAUUUACCAACAGGUUCCUACAGCUGGAACUGAAGCGAAGAAGGCUGCCAUACGGGCUAGCCAGGCCGUCGACACCCCUCCUGACCACUCAGAACUGAUCGCUUUCCGGACAUUCACAAAGCUAGACUGCGACGUUGUUCCUCGACUACUAGGCUAUCAACAGCGCCAGCAAGAUGACUACGAGGGUGUUCCUGGGGGAUAUAUCACGUACAUUCUAUGGGAAAAAUUUGCCGGCGAGUCGCUUAAUUUGACCGAAUUCUGGGGGUUCCCCUUUGCCGAUCGCCAGGCCAUCCGCGAUAAGUUUCGCCAAGUCUAUACGCACAUCUGCGGAUUCAAACGUGCAUCUCCGUUUGACGAACCUCAACAGUGGGGUGAUAUUAACUAUUUCCAAUACGGACUCAUCCAGCCAUCCGAUAGCCAAUUCGACUGGGAAGGAACACCACCCAGAACGGCAGAUUGGAUCGAAGAUGUCAACGGCUGGACGUGGUGA